UGGCAAAUUGCACGCUGAGAAAAGGUCGCGUUCACGAAAUAUAUUCACAAAUGUAAUUUCAAUUAUAGAUACAUCGUAAACACAGUUUAUUUAUAUAAUUGGCAUCGUUGUACCCACUAAAAAUUCACAGACCUAGACACAGUUCUUGUCGUACAGGUAAUUGGAGGAAGAGUCACACGACAAAGCAAAGAUGAAAGGAACGCUGACAGGAAAUGCCUUGGGAGUCUUGAUUAUCUUGACCUUACAAAUUUUAAGCGUCACAUGCGAAAUAUCUCGAGUGCAUCAACUCAUCUACAAGAACCAGAUUCCAGCAAAAGAAUGGGUUAAACCACAGUCUGGAGCUAUAACUUUGUCCGAAGGCGAGCAAAUCGCUCUAGAAGUCACCAAUCAGCUCCUCCCACCGCCCGAACUCUCUCAAAAAAUAUCGGACGAGCUGAAACUCAUAAAAUACAAGUACCGCGUCGUGAGCAAGAUCUCCCAUCAAAGAAAAUGGGUUCCUGGUGAACUAAUUUCUACUAAAAUCACGGCAGAACAGAUUCGCCAGGUUAAUUCAAGCAGCGAAUAUGGUCCACUCGUCAAUGUGACGACGAUUGACCUGCUCCCCUUCUACAUCGUGUCCAUCCUCUCCUUUAACAAACCAUAUAAUCCUCUAGUCUUGGGAGAAAUGCUGAAAUUUCAGUAUGGCUUCUCAUCCUCGCCGAAUUCCGUGUAUUACGACGGGGACGACAUUUUCUACGACUUGAGCAGCAAAACGUACAUUUUCAAGAGGAGGGGCUGUGUCGACCAGGAGGCUGUGUCGACAGAUUCGCCACCACCACGACGACGAAAUGAUGGCGUAACUUGCGGAGAGGAUUCGAAACAUUACUGGGAAUUUGUGGUCACGGAUGACGAUAAUGUCCGACUGGUUAAAGAGUACGACAUCGAUGGGGAUGGAAAUCGCAGUUUCAAUCGGAAGUACAAUUCCUUGGCUAUUAUUAAUUAAUUACUGAAAUUAUCAAGUGUAUGUAUGUAUUAUGCAGGCGAUAUGAUAAUAAAAAAUAAAUAAGUCGUAAUAAUAAAUCAUUCUAAAAAGGA